GCGAAGAACAAGCAGCAUAAUGUCUGGUAUGUCUAGCUUUGCCUCGAUCGCUAUGAUAGGAGCUGUUGGAAGUCAACCCGACCUGGCCCGCGAAUCUUCUUCUGAAGAAGAGGAUGAUAUUCCAUCUCCUACUCCAUCUCAGAUUAAAGAAGCUAACCAUUUGCUAAGAUCUGUAUCUACAGCCAGCAGUUUUCUAGAUGGAGGAAUGUCCGACACUGUUACAUUUUCCCUUUCACCUGAUCCCACCGGUCCUAACGGCCAAGCAAAUCCUGUAUUUACCUUUGAAGUUGACGCACCGUCCAAUAAUUCCACAACGAAGGGAGAUUCAACAAAGCUGUGAAGAGAACAUAUUGUUUGCUGUCUGUGAUAUUUUGUUGUAUUGGAUGAAAC